UUACUACAUAAUCGAUAAAUAUGUCAUAUAUCCAUGUGUCCUAAAGAAAGCUUUUCUUUCAGCGAAGACAUAUUAGGUGAAGAUUUAGGUGAUCACAGCCUUGCAGAUUAUAAUCUCGGAAACGAAGAGGAGGAACAGUUGCUGGCUGAUGACUACGAAGGGAAUUCUCAAAACGUACCCUCAGGUGGACCAUAUCGUGAGCCUACUAUUGUGACUGCUGAUUAUAAUGAAAGCAAUAUUCAAUAUACACCGCCAGUUGCUUAUACAGCACCAGAGACUGAGUGUGUGGUGCCAAAUAUUACUGUUGAAAUACCCAGUUCAAGAGCUGAUCACUGUACAUAUGCUCCAUAUGAACCAACAUACGAAGCUGAACAUGCUGUACCACCGGCUAUUCCAGCGGCACCAAUUGAAUCUCCACAAAUUGUGCCAUCAGAAAUUCCCCCAGCUGCAAGUAUAGAAACCAGUAGAGAGAGAUUUAUAUCAGAGAGACCGGUGGGUGCUCGGACCCCACAAGUCAGAAAUAUACCGGACUCCCUUGAUAAUGUGUUUGUUCCCCGCGGUCGUAAUAACUCCUGGCGCGCACCGCACUACCGGCAUAACCAUCCUUACCGGCGACACCACGCGCACUACCGGGGAAACUUUGGCCCUCGUCCCUCUUUCCCACCGCCUCAACGCGCAAGUCCUCCGCAAAUUCGCCCAGAAUUAGACAGUCGUCCCGACUUACUUCCCGAAAGGCAAAUACUACCCGAGCCUCGGGAAAAUUUUCCCAAUUUUCAAAGAUUUCCAUUUCCCCCUGAAGAGAGACCCAAUUUCAUCCCAAAUCAACCAUUCGAGAGGCCCAUGUUUCCAUUUGGCCCUUCGAGAGAAAUAGUUCCUCACAAUAACAUCCCCCAAGUGACGAUUCGCCAACCGUUACCGGGGCUACCGUCUAAAGGCUUAGAGCCCGAAGUUAGAAUGCUGCCAGUUUUGCCACCGAAUUUGCCAGGAUUGACUGGAAAGAAAGUGUUGAUUAAUCCACACUUCAAGGGAAAUUUCCAGCCUCCCGUUGAAGGGUUGCCAGCGUACAUACCGACGCGCAUACAAAAGUCGCCUCCGCCGAUCGCUCCUUCUCUGGAACAGAAAUUCGGCCCAAUAAAGGACAUAGACGACGCAGCGGAAAGGUUCAUCGCCGAACAACGCAGCGCUCUGGCGAGAGCCGCCUCUCGCAACUUGGCCAGGCGAUCUCCGCAGAGAUUCAUCGAAAACACGACGAUAGAGAUAGAGAACGAGUUGGCUCGCAGCAGAAGAAGCGAGGACGAACUCUUGCGCAAGCAGGAGGAGUUCAUUCACGCCAAUAGGGCCGGUCUACGGAGACGCAUGAGGACUCCGUCUCCUCGUCGAUCUCGCUCCCCGUCGCCCCUCCCCAGAGAUUCUCGGGACCCCCGCGACGUCCGGGACCCCCGAGACAUCCGGGACGCUCGAGACGUACGGGACACGAGGGAUCUCCGAGACCGGGAAAAGCGGGAUGAACGCAGACCGAGACCACAGGACGACGAGGAUAGUGAGUACAGAAGAAGAGUUCGCGAACAAGAGUCGAUGAGAGAGAGAGUUCUGAGAGCAAAAGAAGUGAGAAGAAGAAAGAAUGCAGUUGCACUACAGAAGCAGUUGCAGGAUAAGGAACGCGAGAAACAAGAUAAGAAGGAAGAGCCUAAAAUAGAUACAAAAGAAAAUCCAUCUAGCACUCGCGAAGAAGAGGUGAAACCGGAUACGACCAAGAAGAGUCCGGAACGAGAAGAGAAAGAGAUAGAGAGAAAAGAGAAGGCGUCGCCUCUGAGGGACGAAGUCGAAGUUAAUUCUACUUGUGAGGCGCUGACUCCCCCUCGCGGCCCCUCGCCCCUGACGCCCCCGCUGCCUCCGCCCGGCCCGCGUGGGGACAGCGACGACGACCUCGACCUCAUCCUAGGGGACAUCGACGGGAUCCUCUCCGACGACGAGGUCUCCGCCCGCCCCGAGGACGACGACAAGAGAGUGGAGUCGACCAAACCCCAAAGCGACCUGCGCACCAAGUUGCCCCCCAGGAGCGAGAAAAAACCUCCGAGCAGACAAAAAAUCACUUUUACAGCCAACGAGGAGGCAAAAAAGAAAGAAAAAUCUCCACUGCGCCGCACCGUAGUGUCGAGUUCCACGAAAGUCGCCGAAAGUACUGAGAAGCCUCUCGUCAAGGUGAGACGGCAGCAGCCCGAAGACACCACCGUCAAGUCCAGACAACGAAUCGUGUUCGAAAGAAAAAAGAUCGAAAGAGCCGACGAAGACGUCUCCCAAAAGUUCAGCAAUCGUCGCGUCAUACUGCAGAGAAAAAUGACGGAGAGGGACAAAUCUGUCUUCUCGCGGAUCGAAAAGACCGACCCCACGAAGCCCAACCCGGGCAUCUUCAAUCGGGCGUUCAAGACCGCCGUCGGCUCGGACAAGAUCGGCGACAGGAAGCGGGCCCGAGACGUCGCGAGGGUCCUCGGGGCCGUCGAGAGAGACGACGAGCCGAAGGUCGAGUACGAGAGCGGCUCCGACGAGGAGGACCCGCGGGAGGAGGCCGGCUCGACGGCCGCCGUCGGGAAUCUGCCCCACGGCAUCACCGACACGCGGCUCAAGACGCUGGCCGGCGAACACGUGCAGAGUUUGAUAUUGGAUAAGGAGACCAGAUCGGCGAAACUCACCUUCAGAACUUCGGCCGCCGCGGAAACCUUCAAGAGGAAGUUCCAUAAUAAGAUGGUCUCCGCCAGUCAGUUGACCGUUAUAUUACAGUAAACCGAUUCCCGUGAGCGUUUUCUGUCGGAGUUCGAAACCGUUUCUGGACGGCGCGGUUCGCAGCUUUCGCCCACGGUCGUCGCAGAGCUUCCCGUUUUUGUCUUAAUAUUUCCCGAAUCCUGAGUCUCAUCGCCAAAUGUACAUAAAUGAUGUUAGCCGAUACUCCUCAUUCGCAAUUAAUGAGAUUUAACACUCGACAUCAUGUGUAAAAUGAAAUUUUAAUAUUUUUUGUAAUGUCUUUACAAUCUGUCGUAGUUGUUGGGAAUACCAUAAAUGUCGAUGAUAAUAAUUUGCAUCUGUAUCCGUUUAGUCGAUUGGGUGAACUCGAGAUGAAAAGUGUUUAAUUGCCGAUACCGUUUGUAAAUCAUCGUAAAAUUUUAAAUUAGGUAAAUUGUCUCUCUCUAAGUAAUAAACUUUUGAAAAACUGUAUCUUUUUUUCAAACUCAUUUUAUGUCUCCGAUGAACGAUCAUGUUAUAUGAUGAAUGAUAUGUCACGGAUCGCAAUACCGCGAGACAGAUCGCUAUGACAUACACUAGUAGAGUACUAUAAACACUAAUUGUGAGAAACGAAGACGACGAUGAACGGAGGUGGGCCUCGAUUUACUUGUUAUCGCUAAAAGCUUUAAGUUUUAAGGUCGCGAGUCACAAUUUCUGUAAUUGCUUGAAACGACGGAAGACACGGAAGUGGGAAAACUUUUAAUUGUUAAUUCUUGAAAUGUAUAAUUACUUUUAUAUUUACGAACAUGAGUCGACAACUUUCGUAGGACCGAGUAGGCGUUUAAUGUGUUAACGUGUAAAACUUGGAAUCUGCCCAGUUUGUCUUUCACCAAAUUGUUUUGCGUUAGUUUAAUGAAAACUGUGAAGAUCUGGCGACAAUCGAAUAUUUGUAUGAGCGAAUCAAUAAUUUGUAUGAAACAAAUUGAAGUGAACGGAAGCACGAAUUCGUGUAUAAACUGUGCUGUCGAUGGCCGACAUUAUCGUGUCGUCGUGUACGUCUCUGCAAAAUUACCGACGUUUUUCUUAUAAGCGGGUUACGUUUUGUUGCUUUAUGAGGCAAACAAUUAUACUUACUAAUUUUAAACUAAUUAAUAUCUAAACGCUAGAAUUGUAUUAAAGCUAUCUGAGAUUGAACAACUAGUUUGUUCACUUGUAAGUAGAUUAUUAUAUAACGUAACCUUUUAUUAGUUAGUUCGACGUGUGACUGCUCGUCCCGAUGUUUUACAUUGUGUAGUAAUAUUAUAUUUACCUGUCGUUUCUGUUUGUAACCAGUGAACCCGAAACGCCUAUAACCUAGUUUAAGUUUUCUCAAAUAAAUAUGUGUAAGAUGAUUGUUAUUUUUUUUACUUUCGGAUCUCAAAUAAAGAACCACGAGUUUAAAAGAUGUUGCAUUUUUAUUUUAUUGUUAAAUACUGUAUAACUUUCGUUUGAAUAAAAACAUCGAUAUUAAAAGUUAUGUUGUUAUUGCUUUAGUGUAAGUACAAAUGCGAUCGAAAUUAACGAAAUAUUUAUUUCGGUGAUUUUGAGGUUUUAAAGACUGAUUUUUAAAUAAACCUUUUUUUACCUA